AUGUCGCAACGCUUAGAACUAUGGCAUUCAGAAGAAGCCGUGGAUAUUUGUGGUACGUCAAUCACCUUCAUUUCUGGACGUAAUCUGAAUACUCGCCACAUCAGCAAUGGUGAUUUCACAAAGUUACCCUCAUACGAUGAUAACAAUGGGCUUAUUGGAUUGUCUGUUCUUGAAAGACUUGCUAAUGUUCCUGUUAAGAAUGUAAAUUCGAAGAAAACAACCCGAAAAUUAUCGAGUAGCAGCAGCGGUAGUGGUAGCGGUACUGGUAGCGGUUGUAGUAAUAGUAACAGCAGUAGCGUUGGAGGGGCAGAAGUUAACAAAAUUCUGAAAGAUUUAGAGCAUCUGAUUACAACAGAUGAUUGGAUUGAUAAAGAGAUUGGCAAUGAUGAUAAUGGGCAGUCGCAAUCACCAGUUCCAAAUUCUGACAGGAAAAAUUUAUGUUUAUCGGACUUGGGAUGUGCUCUGGUCAGCUGUUCAGCUGUGAAAAAUUAUAUUAAACUUCUUAGAAGUCAUCAUAAGCAGUGCAUAGCUUCUUUGCUUUAUGGCAACACAACGAAAAUGCUUAACACAUUGUUUCGGACAGCCAACUACGGCAUCUAUUGCUCUGAAUUCGAUUUGACGUCUUCUGAUUCCAUCAAAGCAGGAAUUGGUUAUGCGGUUCGUCUUGCUUUAUUAGAUAGAUAUGGUUUGAGUUACAUCUCUAAAGGAUGGCAUGCAUUUAUAGAAAUGGGUGCUCCGGUGGUCUAUGUCUCACCAGCACUGAAUAUUGACCUUGUUUCAUAUCUCACGAAAGAAUUCAUGAUUGGUGACGUGAUUGUCUUGAAAAAAUCCGAUGGAAAUCUUGCUAACAUCGAAGGCCGCAUUGAUCACGCUGCAUUUCAAAAGCAACUAGAUAGCGACAUUGCGGCUGGAAAAAAACCGUUAAUAGUUAUCGGUGUUGUUGGAUCUCCAAUUUUCGGACAAAAUGAUAUCAUAAGUCGUUUACUGGAAAUAAGAAAAUCAAGCGACAAUUAUUGGGUUCAUGUCGUUGGACAGGGUUUAUCUGCUCUGUGCUUAAAAGAGCCGUCCAAACUGCUUGUAAAUGUUUUAUCACAAGUCGAUAGUCUUACAGUUUCACUCUCGCUUUGGAUUGGUACACCACCUGUAGUUCCUGUAAUUACCUUGUAUCGAUCUGUAGAAAAUCAUAAACCAUCGUUUCAUCAAAAACUAGAUACUUUGCCGUGGUGGAUUACAUGCCAGUAUUUUACGAUCUCCAAAAUGACUAAAAGAAUCGAGAACGCAUAUUUCUUAAGUAAAGUGAUGCUCCGAAGUCUAUCGGCUUUUCCCCAAAUUGAGAUUUUUGGUGUUGAAGAUCCAGCCGAAUUUGCAAAUCGCGUUUACAAAGGCGUUUACGCACCUCUUACUGUCCUUGUUUUCAAAUACAAAUAUCCUGAAUUGGAAGAAGCUAUAAAAGUUGGUUUCCGAGAUGCUCAACAGUAUUGCUUUCAUUUAUUUAAAACGUCUGCCAUAGCAGCUGAUCAAAAAGUCUCCUCGCAUACUAUGUUAGACAGUCAUGAUUUGACAGCAGACAAUGCCGACAUAUUAAUGAACGAUUCUUCAACUGUUUCUAAAGAUGAUUUGCAUUCAGUAGCAGAGUACGCUGAUUCGUUGAAUUAUUGGUUUGGUCAAGGACUAAUAUCAGAUAACCAAGAGCUCGGUCUGCAAAUAAUUUCUCUGGAUGAUGUCCACGGCUCUGCACUUCGUUUCUGCCCCUUAGAACUUGCUGCUGCGCAUUAUAUUUACACUGAUCAUAUACAGAAGUUUAUAAAGCAGUUAUCGGAAGCACUGACUAUCAUUGAUUCAACAGUUGCGGCCAAGAAAAGUUUUGCUGCUAUUGUAGCGAAGUAUCCAUCGUUAACGUUAGUACCGGUUCGCAAAUGGGCUGGUGUCGGAGCUGUCUGUUACGUACCAUCUAUUGUCAAAGAAACUCCAAUGAAUGACUGGAAUGAAAAGCAGCGUCAACAGGUAUCUUAUUUGAAUUUGGAACUGGUGCGUUCUUUACGGUUGGUAGAUAAUGCGUUUUCUGCUGGUGAAAGUGCUGUGCAUCAUAUAUCGUGUGUUAAAUUUGGUAUGCUUUCUGAUGAUAAAGAUCUUGCUGAUCUUGUUUUCUUGGUUUCUGAGCGUGGAGAAGAAAUCGAACAUUCCCAACAGUAUAUGGAUAGUUUGGCUGAAAUGAUUCGUGAAGGAAUCGAGACUGCGAGCGAAGAUUUGAGACGGGAAAAUGACGCUCGACUUUUGCAAGAAGGCGUAAUAAGACAGAUUCCACUGAUGAGUUCAUUGGUCAACUGGCUUUCGCCGAUGGGUAAAGGCGUGCAAAACAUUAAAGGCCGAUCAUUUGAUUUAAAAACUGGGCAAAUCCAGUCGACAGAAGUUUAUUACAAGAAUCGCUUGAUGAACCAGACAAGUGUCACUUCUCAGGAGCCUCAUCACACGGCUUCAAAAAUUUCAAAGGAAUCCGAAGUAAUGGAGAAUGUCAAUGGCUUGCAGAAAAGUGAAACCCUCACUGUAGAUUCAAUGGAAAAUUCAGAGAAAAAGAUUAAAGUCGACUCCACUACUCAGUGA